AUGAUUUCAGAUCAAACUUCUCACGACGCACGCCCACCCUCAACCACUCUCCCUGCAAGACCUCAAAACGCAUGUGCACCCCGCCCUUCACCUCCCGGCCGCAGUUCUCAACUACACAGGGACAAGCCCGAUUCCAGACAUCCCGGGUAUACAUGUACGCGCGUAUUCGAAGCUGUGUCGUUAGCGAGCAACAGCCCCUGUGGCCCUGAUUCUCCUACACAUGCACCCACUACCCCCACAUACCCCCUAUCCUCUCUGCCUAGAACUCCCAGCACGCCUUACAACGAGCAACGCAAAUGCAGUCUGCAAGAGGAGGAAAACCAAAGGAGGAACAUGCUGGCAGAGGACAUGCUCACGCCAGGCAAGUCUGUUACUGUGCACGCGGACGUUGCAGAUCAGGAGAGGAGGAGGAGACGGUGCAGGGUUAGACCCGUGGGAGGUAUAGCGAGAACGGAUGAGGUGGGUAAGGGGUUUGAAGAUAUUACGGAUGUACUUGGGCUGGAUAUUCUAUCUGAUUGUCAGACUGAGCUUGAUGAGGGGGAUGCGAGGGAUGAGGAGAUUGCAGAUGAUUAUGAAUUAUUGGAUGACUUGUUCAGGGCUUGUGGGGAAGAAGGGUCUACCAUGGACCAGAAUAAGCUCCCAGCUGAACAGAAUGGUCUCGCGCCGCGAGGGAGGAUAGGAGCCUGGAUAAAGCAAAAGAUAGUUGGUGGGAGGAAAGACUGGAUGGCGUGA